AUGAAAAAACGAAAACAGACAAAGCCCGAAUUUUUAACUGCGUCUGUGAAAAGGUUCCCCUCCGCCUCCUUUCGUUCCAACUCCAGAGCACAAACUUCCAUACAGAAAUCAGAAAUGGCUCUUUCUUUCUCCCGAUUCCCAUUUUGCCCCUCCACCGUAGUCAUCUCUCGCCCAAACCCCACCGAAUUCCCCACUGCAGCAAAACCCACAACCUUAUUCACCCAACACGCCCCGAAAUUUUCACAAUUUGCACAAAAGCUCCACUAUUUCAGUGUUAUUCCAAAAGCCUCCAGCGAAGACGAAAGCAGAGCGAACCCAGCUGCAGAGGGUCAGGAAGAAAGCUCCCAGAGAGAUGAAAUGACGGAACUGGGCAUGGAAAUUAAGAAGGCAAUGAAGGAGAAGGAGGAGCAAAAGGAAGGGGGUCUGUUGGGAGGGGUCGCUGAGGAAAUAAGAGAAAUUGAGUGGCCUGCUUUUAAUAAAGUUUUGGGGACUACUGGAGUUGUGUUGGGGGUCAUUGCAGGCUCCAGUGUCGUUUUGCUCACUGUUAAUGCCGUUUUGGCUGAGAUUUCUGACCGGGUUUUUGCGGGGAGGGGCGUUCAGGAUUUCUUUGGUUGAUGAUGGAUGAGGAUAAAGGAGUCUUGAUUUGGUGUGGAAGGGCGCACUGUUUCUUCCCCUGCUCCGCCUGCCUUUUGAUCAAGAGAAUUUAAGUGAAUUUUUCUUCUAUUGAGCUCAGUUUUACUUCUGGGCAUUUUCAUUUAUCUUACUUUUUUAUUUUUAUUUAUUGCCAAUUUCCUAUAUAUAGUCAUUGUGAAAGUAAAUAUUAUUUCUGACAAUUUUUGGAGAUUU